CCUGGUCGCUGACCCAGCCCACGGCCCAGCCAAGUCGUCGUCUUCCUCGAUGCCGCUCCACCGCUUCUUCCACUUCGCCCGCGCCGGCGCCGCCCGUCGAACACCAUGGCUGCCGCCGCCGCCGCAGCAGCAGUACCCGGCGACGCCAAGCUAGACUCCUUCCUCCAAUGGCUCCAGGCCAACGGCGCCGACCUCCGCGGCUGCACGAUCCGCCGCUGCGGCCGCGAGGGCUACGGCGUCUUCUCCACCGCCGCCGAGGCCGGCGCCACCGACGAGGUGGUGAUGGUGGUGCCGCUCGAUCUCGCCAUCACUCCGAUGCGGGUGCUGCAGGACCCGCUCGUCGGGCCGCGGUGCCGCGCGCUCUUCGAGGAAGGUGGCGUCGACGACCGCCUCCUCGUCAUGCUCUUCCUCAUGGUCGAGCGACUCCGCCCUAGCUCCCUCUGGAAGCCGUAUUUGGAUAUGCUUCCAAGCACCUUCGGAAGCUCCAUUUGGUUCACCGAAGAUGAGCUUGCUGAGUUGGAAGGGACCACACUUCACCGGGCAACCGUGAUGCAGAGGAAGUCAUUGCAAACCUUAUUCGAUAAUAAGGUUAAAGGUCUGGUUGGGGAGCUCUUAAACGUCGAUGAAUCAGGAAGCUCAAUUGAAGUGCGGUUCGAAGACUUCCUUUGGGCAAACUCAAUAUUCUGGACUCGAGCAUUGAAUAUACCAUUGCCUCGUUUUUAUGUUUUUCCGGAAUCACUAGACGAAAAGCGGGCCAACAUUGGUGAUGAUUGUGGUGAUUCUAGUCUCAGUGCCCCUCAGGGAACUGGGACUGCCAUUACAGCUAAGAAUAUCAGUGGCAAUGAUAAUCCUAAAUCAAGUAAUACAGAGUCAAUUUGGGUUGAGGGCCUUGUCCCUGGAAUCGACUUUUGUAAUCAUAAUGUAAAGGCGCUGGCAACAUGGGAAGUUGAUUCCAUGGGACAUGUUACUGGAUGUCCUUCUUCAAUGUACCUUGUACUAGCUGAUAAAAGCUUUGUGAAGGCUGAAACAGAGAUCUGCAUAAAUUAUGGCAACAAAGGAAAUGAGGAACUACUAUACCUCUAUGGAUUUGUAAUUGACAACAAUCCUGACGAUUAUCUCAUGAUUCAUUAUCCAGUAGAAGCUCUUCGACAGGUUCAAUCUGCUGAUAUUAAGAUGAAGCUACUGGAGAUACAGAAUGCCGAAUUGCGAUGUCUUUUACCUCGUAGUUUGCUUGAAAAUGGAUUUUUUGGUAGCUGUUCUGGUGAAAACAAGGAGAACAAAAAUAAUACAAGUCCUUUUUCUAGUUAUAGCUGGAGUGGUCAACGCAAGGUUCCAUCAUAUAUCGAGAAAAUUGUUUUCUCUCAGGAAUUUAUAAGUACCCUGCGUACAAUUGCUCUGCAAGAACAUGAGCUUGAGCAUACCGCUUCAUUGCUUGGAGAGAUUGGAUCUAAUGAAGAUAGAGAUGAUGAGCUCCGGAGUGCUAUAUGGGAGGUCAGUGGUGAUAAUGGAGCACUGAGUUUGCUUGUGGAUCUUCUUAGAGUCAAAAUGACUGAACUUGAAGAGGGCACUGGAACUGAAGCAUCUGACAGCCAACUACUUGAGAAAUUCGAUCUCAGUGAUUCAGAAGACGCAACGAGUGACGAGAGCAACGAGACCAAGUCAAAAGUAAAUAUUAGGACGUGCAUAGUGUACCGCAGAGGCCAAAAGCAGCUGACAAAGUUGUUCUUGAGGGAGGCAGAACAUCUUCUGGAGCUGUCGUCAAAAGAAGAGAACUAAAGAAAGCAAGGAAUGAAGGAUCUCAUCGGGUGCGCAUUUCCCUUUCAUGCUCUCUAAAUUACAGCCGUUAGCCAUAGCCAAUAGUUAUGCUACCAAUUCAGCUGUUUUCUUCUGUAGUAGUAGCGUAACCCUUUUCAGUGAUUUUACUGAAAAGAAAAGGCGUGUGUUACUGUAGCCAUUAUUUCUUGGUUUUCAGAAGCUAAUUCAAUUAAGAAACAGAAAAUUGCUACUACUAAUAAAAUGCUUCAUGUCUUCUGAUGAACUAAUUCAGAAUGUAUGGCUGUACAUUGAAGUACAAAGCAUAGACUUUCA